ACCGGGACCCCGCCCCGAGCGUAGUCUGCAGCGGUGCGCGCGCCGCUCCUAUGAAUCGGCUUUCUCGAGCAGCUGCGGUGGGGGUACCGCAACACAUCGUGUAUAUAUACUGUUGCAGUCCGCGUACUCAGCCCUUGAGGGGCGACAGAGACGGAGCUAUAGCCGUAACACACUAUAGUAGAUACAGAAAGGUGCGCGUAUACAAUACGAAAGAGAGAGAGAGGCGAGUUAUAACGGUGCUCUAUAGUCCAGUUCAGUCGGCGGCGCUCCGGGCAGUAGUAGUGUCUAUAGUGAGUGCGCGGAGAGUGUACAGUGCAGUGCUGCGUGCUGCUCUGCCGCGAGUCAGUGGUUUUCCUCGCCGAGAGACGACGAUGCCUUGGUCGCGCCGAGUGUGAGAGAGAAAGAUUCUCAUCGUCCUGGACGCAAUAACGACCGGGACAAGCCUGUACAGGACAGAGACGCGGCGGCGGCGGCGGCGGCGGCGCAUCGAGCAGCAGCUGCGGACUUUCGGUAGAGAGAAAGAGCGAGCAAGGAACGAUUAGCAAGCAAAGAUGAGGUUCGCGGCGUGCAUCAUUGCCACACUUGUGCUGCAUGCGGCGGCUAUAACACAAUCUCCGCCAAGGAUAUCAAAACAGCCUCCUACAGAUGAAUUGCUGUUUCAAGUGGCACAAGUCAGCGUCAAUGAGAAUGAGAAACCAUUUCUUGUCGAGUGCGAGGCUGAAGGAGAGCCAGCUCCUUUAUACGAGUGGAUAAAGAACGGCAAAGACUUCAAAUGGCAAGCCUACGACGACCGUAUAUCGCAGCAGCCGGGCCGCGGUACUCUCGUGAUCUCGAAGCCACGUGACGAGGAUCUCGGACAGUACCAGUGCUUCGCAAAGAACGAAUGGGGUAUCGCCACCUCGAACUCGGUCUUCGUGCGCAAGGCCGAGCUGAACUCCUUCAAAGACCAGAAUCCAGUGACCCUGAGUGUAUCGGAGGGCGAUCCCUACAAGCUGACCUGUCAACCACCGGACGGCUGGCCUAAGCCCAACGUGUACUGGCUCAUACAGGACCAUGCCGGUACCAUCAAAUCCAUCAAUAACUCGAGGAUGACUCUCGAUCCGGAGGGUAACCUCUGGUUCAGCAACGUCACGAAGCUAGACGCCUCGGACGACUAUUACUACGCCUGUGCAGCCACCUCGCUGUUCAGAAACGAGUACAAGCUCGGUAACAGAGUUCUCCUGAACGUCAUCUCCACUGGCUCGACCGCGAGCUCGAACAAACGCGAGCCCGUCAAGCAGUACGUCAGCAGGAAGAACGAGGUUGCGCUUCGUGGUAAAAAGAUCGAGCUGUUCUGUAUAUUCGGCGGGACGCCGUUACCAUUGACAGUCUGGAGUAAAAACGGCCAGAGGAUACGACCGAACGAUAGGGUGACAGAAGGAAAUUACGGGAAGUCGUUGAUUAUAAAACAUGUGAACUUUGACGAUGAGGGAACGUAUACGUGUGACGUAUCUAACGGUGUGGGUUCAGCUCAGUCGUACUCGAUAAAUCUGGAAGUGUUAUCGGUGCCGUACUUCACCGUCGAGCCCGAGAUCGUUAACGCUGCCGAGGACGAGACGGUCGAGUUCAAGUGCGAGGCUACCGGUGUGCCCAAACCCGAGAUCAAAUGGAUUCACAACGGUAAGCCCAUCUCCGAGGCACCUUUCAAUCCAAGAAGGAAAGUUACGCCUAACUCCAUCAUCAUCGAGAAGUUGCUGAAGAACGACACCGGUAAUUACGGUUGUAACGCCACCAACUCUCUCGGUUACGUCUACAAGGAUGUCUACGUUAACGUGCUGGCACUCGAGCCCGAGAUCCUGCAACCGCCUAUGGACGAGUCGACCGUGGAUGGUAAGACCAUCAGAUUGACCUGUCGAGUAUUCGGUGCUCCCAAGCCCGAAGUCAAGUGGGUGAGAAACGGUCAAGAGCUGACCGGUGGAAGAUACAAGAUCCUGGAAUCCGGUGAUUUGGAGAUAGAAAACGUUAUAUUCUCGGACGCGGGCGAGUACAAUUGUCACGCGUCGAACAAGUUCGGAAAGGUAAACGCGACAGGCUUCUUGGCAGUCAAAGAACACACGCGCAUAACGGACGUACCGGAAGAUUACGAGGUAGCAGCCGGCGCAACGGCGACGUUCCGAUGUAACGCGGUGACGGAUUCUACUCUGGAAUUGCAUAUCGAUUGGUUGAGUAAGGGUGAGCCUAUCGAUUUCGAGGCCGAGCCCCGUUUUAUUCGCAGUACCGACUACUCCUUGAUGAUCACCAAGACUACGGAAUUGGACUCGGGCACUUACACCUGCGUGGCUCGUACUGAUCUUGACGAGGCUCGAGCACAAGCUACUCUUAUCGUACAGGACGUCCCGAACUCGCCCACUUUGCUAGGCGUGUCCUGCACGUCCAAUCAAGCCUUCGUCAGCUGGACCCCUAUGGGUGACAAUCGAUCGCCGAUCCUACGAUAUGCCAUUCAAUACAAUACGUCUUUCACACCCGACACUUGGGAGUACGCGAAGGAUCAUGUUCCGGCCACCGAGCAGAGAUACGCAGUGCAAAUGUCUCCCUGGGCUAAUUACACUUUCCGCGUCAUCGCGUACAACAAAAUUGGACCGUCCCAGCCGUCGCAGCACAGCCACGUUUGUACAACCUUGCCGGAUGUACCUUACAACAAUCCCGAUAACGUGAUGGGCAGAGGAGACGACCCGCAAAAUCUUGUCAUCUCGUGGACCGUGAUGCCGCAGAUAGAGCAUAAUGCACCCAAGUUCAAGUACCAAGUGUACUAUAAACGUGAUAUUCCAGGAGAAGACUGGAGAAUCGAAGAGAUCACGAAUUGGAAGCAGAACACGUUGGUGAUCAAUAAUCAGCCUACUUAUCAAAAAUACAAAAUCAAGGUUGGUGCGCUCAACGAGAAAGGAGAGUGUCGCGAACCGCCCCAGGAAGUGAUUGGUUACUCUGGAGAAGAUGUACCGACGGCGUCGCCUGGUAAUUUCACUUUAGUGGAAGUGAGGUCAAGUACAACUGCCUUGUUGUCGUGGACUCCGGUUGCCGAGGAAACGGUGAAAGGUGAACUGAGGGGUUAUAAAAUCGAAACAUGGACUGACAAGGACGGAGAACCCAAUAACCCAAGGGAACACAAUGUCAAGGGUGGAAACAAGACGUACGCUUUGGUCACUAAGUUCAUUCCUUUCAGCAAAAAUUUCGUCAGAAUCAGGGCAUAUAAUGGAAGAUUCAACGGACCACCUUCUGAAGUUCUCAGCUUCGAAACUCCAGAGGGAGUACCGGGAACUGUUAUGGGCUUGGAGGCCUAUCCAGUUGGCUCUACGUCAAUGUUACUGAAGUGGAAGAAGCCUAUUGAAAUAAAUGGUAUUUUAACGGGCUACAGAAUCUCCUUCCAACAAGUUAACGGUUCGAAAAUAGGAAAUGAAAUGGAGAGGCAUCCACAAAUCACCGAUCCCGAAGCAACAAGUGCUAAGUUGGCUUCCUUAAUGCCGGAAGCUAAGUACCGCAUUAGCGUUCGUGCCACUACCGGAGCUGGACCUGGAGAACCUUUCUUCGUGGAGAAAAGAACACCAGCUUCAAGACGCCCAGAUAAGCCAACCUUUUCGUGGAUCAAUAUUCCAAAGGAAAGUGGUUUAUCGAAUGUUAGAAUCACUUGGGAACAGAAGACCGAUGGUUUUGCAGGAAGUCACUUUUUCGCUAAAUACCGUUUGAAAGGUGAAACGAUCGAAAUACCAACUGAUGCCGAAAAGUUGACCAACGAAAUCGAGAUCCGCGGACUCGAAAGCGGACGUACAUACAUCGUGUCUAUCGUUGCCGUUGAUGGAGACUACAUGACUGAAAGCGCUGCGCAAGAAGUCGAAACGAGCAAUGAAGGACCAUACAUUCAAGCUCAAGAAAACGUUGCAACUGCUGGCUGGUUCAUUGGUAUGAUGCUGGCCAUUGCAUUCUUGCUCUUCAUUCUCAUCAUCGUAUGCGUUAUCAAACGCAAUCGAGGUGGCAAAUACGCAGUUCACGAGAGAGAAUUGGCGGCCGGUCGUGGCGACUAUCCUGACGAAGGUGGCUUCCAUGAGUAUUCGCAACCGCUUGACAACAAGUCUGGCGGCGGAAGAGCCUCUCUCGCAUCCUCGUCGCAUCACGAUGGCAAACACCCAGAAUCAGAUACCGAUUCGAUGGCGGAGUAUGGCGAAGGCGAUACGGAAGGUAUGAACGAGGAUGGGUCAUUCAUUGGUCAGUACGGUCGGCAUCGAAAGCAGCCUCCUAGUUCUCAAGCGUUUGCCACGCUUGUUUAAGGACGUUUCACGGAGGACGGAUCCUUCAUUGGUCAAUACGGACCGAAGGGUAGGCCGGUAGAGGAGAUUCCACCACCUAUACCAACGGGCACAAUGGCUACUUACGUGUAACCACCACGCAUCAAUUAAAUCAUGAAGCUGCUCGGCGCCGCCACAAUUCUUCAAACGCAUUAAAGAAAAAUGAAGGGAGAGAGUCUUCAACUACGAUUGAGGUUCACUAAUUUUUCAUCUCUCGCCCCGCCGCAGAAGCUGCUGCUAUAAACAAUGCAUCUUGCGCUGGGCGCAACGUCCACUCUUUACUGCCAAUUAGAAAUCUCGUCUUUGGGGUUUUAUAAACACGACUUUCACGGUACUCUGCCCCCCACAUUUUAGGCUCUCCCUCGCGCCAAGAGGGAACGAACGAUAUCGUUUUACUUCGAGCGACCUCGUUUCUGCUAGUUUUCCGAAAUUCGUAGCCCUUUUUAUACGAUGAUAUAUGAGUAUAGGACGUUAGAAAGAAAAGAGAAGGGAUGAAGUGAACGAAUGAAACGAAAGAUUGAUAGAAAAAAAAUCAUCGUCCCAUACAUAUGUGCAUACGCGUAGCGUAGCUUUUUUUACACGAGUAAUCGAAGAAUGUAUUAACGUUUUUCUCAUUUGCUGGGUUGGACUUAUAAAACCCAAAGACCAAUUAGAUUUUUCGUAGCGUACAAACUAUUAUCGAUACGGAGACGGUGUUUUUUCUUUUCGUUCGCUUUUUUUAAAAGAAAGUAAAUUCUAGCUUCGACGCAACCGGUAUAACGGUAAGCAGUACCGGAUGCGCGCUUCGCCGCUGGAAAACGCCUGCUUAUUACAGGGUACCCAAGUUAUGUUUGCAUUGUUUUAAAUAUGUAUGACAGGUUUUUGAGACUGCAUCGAUUAUUAAUCCUUAGUAGGCAAAAAAGUAUAAAUUGCUAUUGUUCUGAAUUCGCUUAUAAAAAGUUGAAAAAAAAAAAUUAAGAAAAAUUGGUUGAAUUAAGAGAGCGUCAAUCGGUUUUGAAUUUAAAAUAAAUAUAUAUAUAUAUAUAUAUAUUUACGUUGCGAGAGCCCGUUACAGUAGAGUGCAGUCUUUAAAGAAAAAUUGGCUUAAUAAAGAAAGUUGUCGGUAAAUUAAUGCGCUAAACGCCUUUAUCGCUGUCCGACUCUUGACUGAAACGUACUAUUGAAACUUGAAAGAUGAAGGAGAUAGAACAGAAAAUGAAACCUAGCUAAUCAUAACUUUGAUGUGGUACUUUCGUUGUAUCGACUUUUUACUCUGUAGACAGCGGGUCAAGAAAACAAACUCUUAGCAAAAAAAAGGGAAAAAAAAUACAAAUACGAAUAAUUCAUCGAGUACAGUAGGAAAACGACCGUGCUCUCAGACUUUGCCUUUUGCAAGGUGUGAAAGUGCUUUAUGGAUAGAUAUAAAUGAUAAAAAAAAAAAAAUUAACUAUUGAUAUUAUAUUGAAAAAAAGAAUUAUUGUAAAUGCACUGUAGUAGUUAAUCGAGAACACAGGGCCUCUAAUCGUUGCUUUUUGUACGUGAAACGCGCUUUAGCUGGAAAGAGGAGACGAGAACGAGUUUUUUUUAAUUUUUUAUUAUUAUUUUUACAAAAUGUUUAUAAUAACCUUCCCCCACUUUCUUUCAUUAUUCUUAACGACAAUGAAUAUAGAAAUAUAGUGCUAUAUGAUUAUUUAAUAUAUUAAAAUGCAUUCAGUAUAUAGAGACAUAUAUAUAUAUUAUAUAUUAAAUUUUCAAAUAAAACGUGGGCUCCUGCGUAGGUUCCCGCGAAACGAAAGUCAUUAUCAUACCGGAGCAGCUAUACAUAUAACUAUAAUUUAUAAAUGACUCUAACAAGCAAUUAUUGCUAUUACUAAUGUAUUGCGUUCCAUGAAAAAAGCGAUUGCUCUUUCAAAAAAAAAAGAUGUCAAACAAGCUGUGCAUUCGUGUUCGAUAUUUCAAAGAAAAAUUGUAUCGCACAUUCGAUUGCGCAAAAAGCCUGAACCUUUGUGAAAAUUUUACGAAUAAUUUCGUAUAUUCAAAAACUUAUCUAUAAAUCUUUCGUUGGUAAUAUUAUGAAUUCAAAAAUUUUUUGUUUUGUACUAUCGUACUCCUCGGUUUCGAAUCUCUUUUUAAAAAAAAGAAGAAAACGAAUAUAUCUUGUUAUAUAUAUUAUAUAUAUAUAUAUGACCGUCGAAUCUCUGUUAGGAAUAGUAUGUAAGCCAUGCGCAGCUGACUUUCCUUCAAGUGUAAACUUCCAGUAUUUUCAUACGAGUGAUUAGCGAUGGAUUUUUGAUAAUUACAUUUAUAACGACGCCUUUUAUCUCAUGUACACCCGCCCCUCAUUGUUUUUUAUUCUCCAAUUAACUCUUACACAACAGCUCUCGCUUCUUUUUGCGUGGAAUGUCUUUUGCAUUUUACAGUACAAAUCGAGGAAACAAAAAGAAAAUGAAAUAAAUAAUAAUGGUAAAUAAUAGCAAAGAGGAAAAAAGCGAAAUAUCAAUUAUCUUCAGAUGAGACACGUAUUAACGAGUAUAUAAGAGAAAGUAUAUAAAGCAAGAGAAGAAACGAGAUCAAUAAGCCAUCGACUUAACGCACGCUUGCGAUUGAGGAAACUAUAUAAUGCCGAAUAUGUCCUCUCCCAUGUCUGUUAUUUAACACCACCAUAAUGUUAAAUCAAGGGACAGGCCAGGUGAUCGUCGAGAGUGUCGAACAAAUUAUUUUUAUUAAAUUAGAUGUUACUUUGCGAAAUUCUUUCAAAGAAAAAUUUCGAUAUUAUUAAAUUUGGGAAACGAAAAGAUAUUCUUAGCUUUUAAGUUUAAUUCAGAGCGUUUUAUGUAUAAGUUAUGCGUAAUUUAAACGAAGAGUGUAUUUUAGAAUAAGUUUAGGUUGUACAAAUCUAGAGAUAUUUAUUGAAGGCAAAAUUUAAGAAUCUCAAGUCGACUUUCUAUAAAACAAAGAAAAAAACCUCGACGAUCAAACCUCUGCAGUCUCUUGAUAAAUAUAUAUUAUAUAUUACGAUUAUAUACAUAUUAUUUCUCGACAUAAUUGUAGCUCGUACUCAUCGCGCGUUUAUUCGAUUGUACAUUACUCUUAUUAGCCUUAAGAGAUCGAUAUGUUGUUUCGCUGCGUUCGACACUCGGUUCGCUCGGCUCUUUCUCCUUCUUCGUCGUCUGAUGGCGGCGAAUUAACGCGGAAGAGUGGAACGGCCGAGCGACGGCGCGCAUAGUUAAGUCGAUAAUUUUUCUACGACGUAAUAGGGAAGGAAACAAACUAACUGCAGAAACAUACAUUACAGAUAAAUCAUACCGAAAAAAUGCGGUCUCGAUUUUCUCCAUAAACCGCUGUCGCUUUUUUUGUCCGAUGAAAAAAAUAUGUCUAUCCACACAUACACACACGAGCAUAAAAAAUUACGCGCCUUCUAUACAUGAGAAUGAACAUAGAAAGGAGGAGACAAGCGAUGAAUCAUGCGUAAUUUUUAUGUACAAUCUCACCCAGCCCUUACUGCGUUGUAUAACGAUUUUAUUGUAAUUUAGUCGAAAGUGUAUUAAGUUUUUACCUUUAAUAUCUAUUUUGUAAGAUUUUUUUCUCGUUUAUGUACGGAUGUAUUAAUUACCAUCCCUCUUCGCCGUGUCUCGGAUAGAAAAAGAAAUUGGAUGGAAGUUUUAUCAACCGAAACGAUUUUUCAUAGUUUAGGUGGGCUCUGAAGAUAUUUUAAAAUGGAACCACUUAUGGCAAGCGAUUACUAGUAGAAUGACACAUAGCAUAUUAUACGCAGCCUUAAUCUCGUGCUACGAUUUCGAUCGACUUCCAUCUGAUUUCUUUUGCACCGAAGACUGCGAGAUUCUCAAGUGUCGCGCAUUCCAAUGAUAAAAUGAGACGAAAAUAAAUUUUUUUAAAAUCA